GAGUCGCUCGUCUCCUCUUUCUUUGCGCACUAAAGCGAGUAGUUGGUAAUAGUAGUUAGGGAAACCGAUCGAGAAGAAGAGGAGGAGGCCGAUCUCCGUCCAUGGAGGUCAUCGUCCUCCGCUGCGGUGUUUCGUGGCCCUGAGUCGACUUCAUCCACUGCUCUCAUCUCUCCGUCGCCUUCCAGUAGCUUCUAUUCCACGCUAAUCUUCCACUCCCCCGCAGAGGCGCAGAGCGGCCGAUUUUUGGUGGAGGCGGCGGCGAUGUCGUCAGCGAGGAACGGGGUGGCGUGGCAGGAAGACCUCGCCAGCAUGGUGGAUGACGCAGGGAUCCGACACCGUGCCGGCGCCACGCCGGCUACGGCGGAGGAGGAGCCGGGCAUGGGGAGUCUAGGCGAGAGCGUCUUCGGGAGAGGGUUUUACGGACCCUACGAAGAGGGAGGCAGGACGCGGUCGGAGGAGAAUUUCAAGGAGAAGAUGAUGGGGUUCGUGAUGGCCACAGGGGAAAUGCUUCGGGAGCUUGGCCGCGGGUGCUGGGACAUAGCGCAGCAGAGCCUCGAGGGCGUGGAGGAAACCUAUGUCGGGAGGCAGGUCAGGGGGCAUUGGGAUGCGGUCUCGGGGCGGCUCGAGUUCUUGAACGAGUAUCUACCAGAGGAUCGCGAUCCGGCUCAGGCUUGGCCGAUUGUCAUCGCCGUCUUUCUCGUCGCUCUUCUUGUACUAAAUGUAAAUAGUGGGAUAGAGAAUCCAGUUGAGCCACCAAAGAAACUGUAUGUAAGUCCUCCUAGUGCUAGUCAUAUCCAACUUCUGGAUGGCAGACAUAUAGCGUAUCAAGAAAAAGGAGUUCCAGCUGAAAGAGCUAGAUUCUCCAUGAUUGCUCCACAUUCUUUUCUUUCUUCUCGUUUAGCAGGAAUACCUGGCAUUAAAGAGUCUCUGCUAGUGGAAUUUGGUGUUCGUUUUGUUACUUAUGAUCUUCCAGGUUUUGGUGAAAGUGAUCCUCAUCCUGGCAGAAAUCUCAACUCAUCAGCUAUGGAUAUGCUCCAUUUGGCAAAUGCUCUUGGUGUCAUGGACAAGUUCUGGGUGUUGGGUUACUCGAGUGGAGCUAUGCAUGCAUGGGCAGCCGCGCAUUAUAUUCCCGACAGAAUAGCAGGUAUAGCCCUGUUUGCUCCAAUGGUCAAUCCAUAUGACCCUAACCUCAACAAGGAAGAGUCGCGUAAACUUAGGGGCAAGUGGACUAUGAAAAGGAAGAUGAUGUACUUUUUAGCUCGGAGGUUCCCUUCUCUUCUUCCAUAUUUCUAUCACAGAAGCUUCUUGUCUGGAAAACACGGUCAGCCUGAGAAGUGGUUAUCACUGACACUGGGUAACAAGGAUAAAUCUCUAUUGGAAGAAUCAAGUUUUAGGGAAUUCUGGGAGAGGGACGUGGCCGAAUCCGUCCGUCAAGGAGAUGCCAAACCCUUCAAGGAGGAAGCUGUGCUACAAGUAUCAAAUUGGGGUUUCAGUUUAGCUGAUCUUCAAGUGCAGAAGUGCCAUGAGUGUGACGGCCUUCUUUCAUGGUUGAAGUCAUUCUAUACUGAAGUUGAAAGGGAGUGGGCAGGCUUUCUCGGUCCUAUUCACCUCUGGCAGGGGAUGAAUGACUAUGUGGUGCCACCAUCAUCGACAGAGUUUGCUCGACGAUUGCUUCCGAGAGCGGUAGUGCACAUGAUGCCGGAGGAAGGGCAUUUCUCCUAUUUCUGGUUAUGCGAUGAUUGUCACUGGCACAUACUAUCCAUUCUCUUCGGGGAUCCUCAAGGCCCUCUUGCCAAUGAAUUGGAGAUCGAUGAAUCGGUGAGUCAAGAAUGCAUGGAAGAAACAACAUGGAAUAAUUCUACCGAGCAGGAGUAGAAAAAUGGAUUACUUUCUUUUCUUUUUUGGUAAAAAUAAAAUAAAAUUCGAUUGCCACAUUUUCAUUUAACUACUCUUCAUAGCCCGCUCACAAGGAACUUUUACAGCUUCUAUUCUUUAAUGGAUUCGUGUCACUCAGUUUUCCAGAGCAAUGGCAUCUGGAAUUUUACAGUGCAAUUCAUAA